AUGGCGUCGUCGAUCCUCCGGGAGCCGGUGUCCCGUCUAAAGCCGGAGAGCGUGCGGCGUUGGCCGAGGAGGACGCUCUUCGCCGGCUUGGACUGGAGGAGGCUGAUCCUGGUGUCUACACUGGCUGUCACGGCAUUUGUGGCGAUCACGGCCGGCGCCCUGCCGUACUCGUCUGUGGUUUCGUUCCUCUUUCCAUCGGUCUCUCACUCCCACUCGACGGAUCAGAAUGUUACCGCUGCCAUGCCGCUGCCGUCUCCGCUUCCCCCUCCUCCUCCUCCAUCAAGGGUGGUGCCCUCGCGGCAAUUUCCGUCUCCCCCAAACACGUCUGUUUUCUCCCUGAGGCCAUCCGAUUCUCUCGUUUCUUCACCGCCUGGUAUUGCUUCGGCUUGGAACGGUACCCCCGGGGGAGGCGUGAUCAAAGAACAGAGGCCGAAAGGUUCUCGACGUUCUCGAUUAGAGGUGGUGACUUUCUCUUUUCAUUUAUUGCAUUUAUCUCAUGUGGUUCUUUUAUUAUAUAAACUAUGCCAUCUUAUUUUCUUCAGAGACCAUUGUGGUCGUUACCUCCAGAUGAAGCACUUGCUUACGCCAAGUCUGAGAUCGAGAGAGCUCCCCUCAUCUCGGAUAAUUCCAAUCUGUACGCCCCCUUAUUCCGGAAUGUGUCGACCUUUAGAAGGUGCGAACCAAGCAUGAGUCACUUGAAUUCAUUUUCGAUAACUCGUAGGAACGUUUAUCGACUUUCGAGACGCAUAUACCAUGGUUAUCACAGAGCAAAUUCAUCUUACAAAGCAAAAUGUCGCCAAUUUUUUUGAAAACUUCGCAAAGUUCCACAAUUGUGGAACUAAUCAUGGACAGACCGAUAUCUUCUCAAUAUUUCCUCUAUACUCUGUCCCCACAAUCUGAAGAUCCUUCCCUUGACUUUGGAAAGUAUUAUCUCUCUUCAAAAGUAGCAGAGAAUUCUGCAUGAUGCUCUUUAGGGUAUGCAGUCUCAUAAUCAAUUCCUAGGAUCUGCUUACUCUUCCAUGUAGAAGUUGACAUUUUUGCAUUCAUUGUAUUCUUCGUGUGGAUGAAAACCUAACGGAAAAUGCCGAUCGUCGUUUAAGGCGCUUGGUUCGGCUGGCGGCUGUUGCCUACAAUACAGCGCAGACGAGUAACUCAAAAUUGAUUGACUUGGGUACGAAAAAAAAUUCAAGUCCUUCCCCAUCAGCGGUUUGUUGAGUAGAAUAUCGAAGCAAGAGAGAACCCAACAGUUGGUUGGAAAAUCCACAUUACUUCCUCUGAAAUUUUUAGAGUGAGCUUUAGCGGCAGUAGCCUCGGUAAAAUGCACUGCGUCUGGAUGUGGUUUGAAAUGACACAGAGAAAGCUAGGGACUGCGGUAUUGCAUGGGAUCAGAUAUAUAUCCUUCAACAAAAUAUGUAGACUUAUGCUCUUGAAAAAUCUCCGUGUUGAUAUGAUUGAGGAAUGCACGUUUAGUAUGGUCAGUCGCAAGAAGUUACUAUUUGUUACUAUUUCUAAGGAAUAAAAGUAUUAGUAAAAUAAAAUAUUAUCUUCGGGAAAAAAAGUUAUUCAUGAAUUCGGCAACUUACACUAAUCGUCAAACAUUUAUCCUGUAUCGUCGUACAAAUUAAGUGAGGGAACUGGAAAUACUAGAAAUCUUUCCGGAAGUUUCCUGCCCCUGAAAUCACCACAAAUAAAUUCACAAAUUCCUUUUAGUUCUUUCCGAUAUUAUUGGAACCUAUGAUCAUAUUUUAUCUUCUGUAAUUCUUAUAAUUGCCUAUCUUUCCUUGAAUAUUCUGCUCUCAAGAAUAGAGUUGGGCUUCUGAAUACUGAACAAUGCUGAACAAGGAACCUGAUAAUCGGUGCAUCCAUACGAACUUUAAACUAUGAUACCUACACAGCGUGAUAUAAAUACAUCAGUCUUCUUUCAUGGCACUUAAUGUGAUUAAUAGGAAGUUUCACAUUCCUGCAUACAGAAUUCUCCCAAAACCAAAAUAAAAUGAAAAACAUGAUAUAUUUGUCAUGACACUGAUAGUAAUUAAACUGGCUUGCACAUUUCUACAUUCCGUCUCGUUCUCAGAAAUAAAAAAAUCUAAAAUGUUUUAUUUUCAGGAGCUAUGAGCUGAUGGAAAAAAUUCUGAAGGUGUACAUCUACAAGGAUGGAGAAAGACCAAUUUUCCACACACCUCCUCUCAAAGGCAUCUAUGCAUCCGAAGGAUGGUUUAUGAAGUUGAUUGAGGAGAAUAAGCAAUUUACUGUGAAGAAUCCGAAUAGGGCUCAUCUAUUCUACCUUCCUUACAGUUCACGUCGGCUACAAGAAGCACUCUAUGUACCUGACUCCCACAAUAUGCGUCCAUUGUCACUCUUUCUAAGGGACUACGUGGACAAGAUCGCAUCAAAAUAUCCAUUUUGGAAUCGAACACAUGGAUCAGAUCAUUUCCUGGUUGCUUGCCAUGACUGGGUAUGCAUCUGUACAACUCUCCAAACGAGAACUUCACUUCUUUAAUUUUGUCGCAGGCUCUGAUGGCUAUUGGUUUAUAAUUCAUUCUGGAAAGAACUCGGUUCUCAUAUCUCAGGUUUUUUUUUUAGCACAGUACCGGUGGCAUUGUUUUGGUACAGCUGUGCUUUCUGCAGGCCAAAAACUCUGGUUACCUAUUCGCGGAAUAUAUAGACAAAAAAUUAUCUGUAUCAGUAAGAGGCGACGAAGAUAACUUGAGCAACCACAUUUAUAACGUCCCAAACAGUUUUUUUCUCAAGAGAGGGUCAAUGUCCUUUUUCCUAGUUAAUGAGUAAUGCUUUACUUCAGUUUGGCCCGAAGAGAUUAUCUUACUUCAGGUGCUCGGGAUAAAAUCUAUAGCGUUUUCUUGGAAUUUUUAAAAACAUAUUACCCACUAUUUUUAAUAAAAUUGACUGUGGUAAUUUAAUUUUUCUCUGAACAAAUGUGUGCUAUCUUCAGACAUGUUAUCUAGGCGUUAUUUUUCCUUCCUGUUCCUCAGAGAAAACUUUGCUUAUAAUUCUGUGAGAUGCUCCAUGAAUAAAAAUAAUACAUGAAUGUAUUCAUGCUUAGUGAAUUUUAGGUAUUUCUCAUAAUUUUAUUAAAUUAGCCCACAAUACAGUGGGAUGGUCAUUCACCGUUAAAUGUUCAGAAAUCUGAAUGGACUGAAGACAUGAAUGAGUUAUGCAAUGUAUAGAGCAUCUUCCACGAGAAAUAUUUUGAGAUAUUUUUCAGUUUCACAUGACGUCUUCGUAGAAUAAUCCACAGACUUCCAUCACUGUCGUCUGAUUUUUGCAGGGGCCAUAUGUAACCACAGCGCAUGAUGAGUUAUGCAAAAACACCAUCAAAGCUUUAUGCAAUGCGGACACAUCUGAAGGGAUAUUUGUUCGCGGGAAAGACGUAUCACUUCCGGAAACAUCCAUCAGAGUUCCAAAAAGGCCUCUCAAAUACCUUGGAGGGAGGCCUGCUUCUCAACGUUCUAUUCUAGCUUUCUUCGCUGGACAGAUGCACGGCCGCGUCAGACCUACGCUACUCAGUCACUGGGGAGGAAACGAUGCGGACAUGAAAAUCUACGGCCCGCUUCCUUCUAGAGUAUCGAGAGCCAUGUCCUAUAUCCAGCAUAUGAAGUCAAGCAGGUUUUGCCUCUGUCCCAUGGGCUACGAAGUAAACAGUCCAAGGAUCGUGGAAGCAAUUUACUAUGAAUGCGUUCCUGUGAUUAUAGCAGACAACUUUGUUCCUCCGUUUGACGAGGUGUUGGAUUGGAGUUCAUUCUCUGUCAUUGUUGCAGAGAAGGAUAUCCCUGACCUGAAGAAUAUGCUUCAAAGAAUAUCCCUAAGACAAUAUAUCACUAUGCAGACGAACGUGAAAAGGUUGCAGAAACACUUCCUUUGGCAUGCCAAGCCCAUCAAAUAUGAUCUCUUUCACAUGAUUCUUCACUCGAUCUGGUUCAAUAGGCUAACUCAGAUCAAGGUCCAGCAAAGUUGA